UGCAACCGCCCGCUCUUGACGAAGCGGCAGGGUGGCGAGUUCGAUGGCUACAGGACGGCGCCCUAUGCCUAAAGUGUCCCCGAAAGCGACGGAGGCCGACUCGCCGACCAAGUCCACGUCCCUCUUCUUCCGAAAGCCCGUGUCCAAGCGCGAGUCGAAAAAGCACACGGAAGCGUUCGAGAUCAACUUUAUGAGCCUCCGAUUCGCGGACAGCGAGCUCGAGGAACGUUUUCGCACGGCGCGUCAGGCCAAGUACCGGACGCGUCUCCGCUACGGCGCGGGUUUCACGGCGUGCGUGAUUCCACUGCUCGUCGUCAUGCAGGCCACACUCAAACGCGACACGACCAACCACUGGACCGAAGUGCCGCUCGUGCUCAUCUUUCCUGGGAUCGUUGGCCUCUGCGGGUUUAGUGUGGUGGUAUUCCAUCGGUACUUUCAGCGUGCCAACAGCAGCGCCGCGCUGACCCUCAUUUGUUUGGUCGGGCAAGUGUGUGCGCUCCUCGACACGACGGCCGCGGCCACGGACGUGUCGGAGAAGAACGUGUGGGUGCAGUUCAUCUUUUCGCUCGGCAUCACGUCGUCCACCGGGCUCACGUUUCUCGAAGCCGGCGUUGUUCUCCUCUGUAGUGCAUUGUGCUUCAUCGUGAUGGCAUGGGUGCACUUUUCGGCCGUGUCCAACAUGAGCUUGAGCAGCCCGGGGACGUCGACGGCCGCCGUCUUUCUGUACUCGAUCUUCCUCUCGUUCCUGUCGUGGAACUGGGAGUACGAAGAGCGACGGGACUUUGUCUUGACGGAGCGCCUCGCCAAGGAGAAUGUCCAGAUCCAAAUGACGAUGGAGAUGACGGGGUGGUUUAGCGGCGGCGCCGCCGUCUCGAACGAAGGCGGCGUCGGGAGCCAGGCCGGGAUCCUCAACUCCAACUGCCACAUCGAUCCCAAGGACGUCGAGCUCGGCAAUGAGCUCGGCAGUGGCACGUUUGGCUGCGUGUACGCGGCGCGGUGGAAGGAAACAAGCGUCGCGGUCAAGAAGAUUAUCCUGCAGGGCGACACCCAGGCGAUUGUGACGUCGUUUGGCGCCGAGGCGUCGGUGAUGGCGCAGCUCCGCCACCCGAAUGUCGUCAUGUUUAUGGGUGUCAUGCUGCACCCCGAGUACGUGGGCCUUGUCAUGGAGAUCUGCCCCAAGGGCAGCGUCCACGGCGUGAUUCAUUCCGAAGAGCUCAAAAUCGACUGGACGCUGCUGCUUCGCAUGCUGCUGGAUUCGGCCCGUGGCAUGAAUUUUCUCCACUGCUCGACGCCGCCGCUCAUCCAUCGCGACCUCAAGUCCAUCAACCUCCUCAUCGACGCCGACUGGCGCUGCAAAGUCAGCGACUUUGGGCUGAGCAAGCUCAAAGCGCUUCGAAACGACGCGGUCGCGGAAAACAAGCGGCUGUACGUGGGGACGCCCAUGUGGCUCGCCCCAGAGGUCUUCAACGGCGAAGAGCACACUGAAAAGUCGGACGUGUACAGCUUCGGCAUCAUCUUGUACGAAGCGCUGAGUGGGGCGAGUCCGUUCGAGAACGUCUCGGCCGACGCGGUGCCGUUCAUUGUGCAGAGCGGGAAGCGGCCGACCGACUUUAGCCCCCUCGACCCGCUGGACCACGCCGGGCUUCAGACGCUCCCAGCCCUCAUGCACAAAUGCUGGGACGUGAAUCCGAACGUCCGACCGACGUUUGCCGGCAUCAUCUCGAUUCUGCAGCAAGCGCUCGUCGUAUACUGCGGGGAAGAAGCAUGGGAAGACCACAUUAUCUUCCCAGACAGGAAACUCGUCCUGGCAAAUGCAGUCGAGCCGGAAGACGGGUUCCUCAUCACGGAGAAGGACGUGGUGUGCGGCGACAGCAUCGGGAAGGGCGUGUUCGGCGUUGUGUACUCUGGCUUGUACUUUGGGACGCCCGUCGCGAUCAAGAAGCUCCCGAUCGGCGCCGUGCCCAAGAACACGAUGCUCGAGUUUCACAAGGAGUGUUCGAUCAUGAAGGGCCUCCACCACCCCAACAUUGUGCUCUUCAUGGGGUCGUGUUCGAAUCCACCCAACCUGCUCCUUGUCACGGAGCUUCUCGUGAACGGAAGCUUCUUCGACUACUACCACAAGAAGCCCCGCCCCGCGGUCGCGGACCACCGCGCGCUGUGCUACAACAUCGCGCUCGACAUGGCCCGCGGCCUUGCCUACUUGCACAACCACAACCCCAUCGUGAUUCACCGCGACCUCAAGUCCCAAAACAUCCUCCUCGACGAGACCAUGCGCACCAAGAUCGCCGACUUUGGGCUGUCCAAGUUCCGCGAGGUUGGGAAAACCAUGAGCAUCUGCGGGUCGCCGCUGUGGGUCGCGCCCGAGGUCCUCCGCGGCGAAAAGUACGGAACGCCGUGCGAUGUCUUUAGCUUCUCAAUCAUCGUGUGGGAGGCGCUGGCGUGGUCCGAGCCGUACCCGUCGAUGGGAUCGAGCGAAGUGAUGAAAGGCGUCGCAUGUGGCACAUUGCGCCCUGUCAACCCCGACGACACGCCACUCUGCCUGGACAAACUGCUCAAGGAGUGCUGGCAGCGCAAGCAGGAGCUUCGACCUGGCUUCAACCAGAUCGUUCCCAUGCUCGAAGCCAUGAAGGACGAGUUCAUGGACCUUCACAAUGUCGGCAACAUGGGAUAGUGUAUAUCUUGUAUAUUAUAACAUCUACGGUAGUUUUGGAGAGUUUGCUACA